AUGGCAGCAAUUCAUAAGCACAAAGAAAGUCAAAUAAAAGAUUCUCUACAAGUGAUCAUAAAAGGCAGAGAAGAAAUCAUCAACCGAAAAGGCAUAUCCACCCACAAAAAUUCCAAAUCAAUUCAAAAAACCCUUUUUCAAGACUCAGAAAAAUCUGAGGAUAACGAUUUAGAUGGCGAACUGAAUUGCAGCUCAAUUUCAGCAGAUGUGGAAUAUAUACUUUUUAAUACAAAUUCUUAUUAUCUUUAUUAUAAAAACCACAAAAUCUAUAUUUAUUAUAGUAAGAGAUAAAUAUAAAGGCUUUGGUAACAAAACACCUAUAAAUUUAUCAAAAUUACACCAGGAAAUUCAAAUGAGAAAAUCAGAACAAAAAUUAAGGGAGUUAGAAAUGAAAGAUAUUUGCCCAUCAGAGUCUAGUAAGGAAUGCAAUGGGGAAAUUGAGGAAGUAAGGAAAAACUUAGAAGAGGAAAUGGGCCAUAAUCUACCGACAAGUCCUGAAGAAGAUAUGGAUCCUGAAAGCAAUGAAACCAGGUUUUUUUGCUGUAAAAAGUUAUGCAUGUGUUUUAGGUAG